AAAGGGACAGCUGGCUGGCAAGAUGGCGGCAGUGUAAGCGGUUGCAGACGUAAACAGUCCACGGAAUUUUUGAAUUUAUAUCCCGAUAUCGGGAUGUAUCCCCCAUUAUUGAAUUUGCAAAUGAAACUUUAAGAUGUUUAGUGCUUGUAGUCCCCUCGAUGUGUCUCCUGUCAUGGAGAAGUUGCCUGCUGUAGCUUGUUCAAUGUCAAAUCUUCCGCCCGAGGUGGAAGAGGGAAAUAUUGAAUACAAGCUGAAGCUAGUGAGCCCGUCCCCCAGCCGCUUUGAGCACCUGGUGACCCAGAUGAAAUGGAGGCUCCGAGAAGGCCAAGGGGAGGCCAUCUACGAGAUCGGUGUGGAAGACAACGGGAUGUUGGCUGGCCUGAUGCUGUUGGACCUGACAGCCUCGUUGGAAACGCUGAACAAAAUGGCCAACAAACUGGGAGCUACAACUACCAUCCUAAGACAGCGCACCCUGGAGGCAGAUGGGGAGAUUGGAGAAGAGCGAAAGGCUUGUGAAGUCUUAGUCAGAAGAAUCCCAGAUGACCAACAGUUCAUAGACCUGCGGGUUGCAGUUCUGGGUAACGUGGACGUUGGGAAGAGUACUCUACUAGGUGUGCUGACGCAGGGAGAGUUGGACAACGGACGCGGUCGCGCCCGACUCAACCUGUUCCGUCAUCUCCAUGAAAUCCAGUCAGGGAGGACCUCCAGCAUCAGCCACGAGACACUGGGCUUCAACAGCAAAGGGGAGGUCAUCAACUACGGGGACAGCCAGCAAGGUUGUCUGACGGCCGAGGAGAUCUGUGAGAAUGCCUCCAAACUGAUCACCCUGAUUGACCUGGCCGGUCACCACAAGUACCUCAAGACCACCAUCACAGGACUCAUGGGGUACAUGCCGGACUUUGCUAUGCUGGUAGUCAGCGCCAACACCGGAAUCGCUGGUACCACCAAGGAGCACAUCGGCCUAGCCAUGGCUCUACAAGUCCCCAUAUUUGUAGUCAUCAGCAAAAUCGACCUCUGCCCGAAUGGUCUGAUUCAGCGGACCCUGGAUCAACUGACCCGGCUCCUGUCAGGGCCCGGCUGCAAGAAGCUCCCGUACCGAGUGGAAAGCGACGACAACGCGGUGACUGCUGCCAGGAACUUCAACAACGGAAGCAUAUGCCCCAUAUUCCUUGUAUCCAGCGUCACUGGCAAGAACCUGGACAUGCUCAAGAAAUUCCUCCACGUCCUCCCACCGUCACACAACAGCAUAGAACAGGACAAGCUAGCACAGGAACUGACAGAGUUCCAGGUUGAUGAAGUGUACAGUGUCCCUGAUGUUGGGCGAGUAGUUGGAGGUACACUGUCACGUGGCACCGUCAAGGAACAAGAGCAGCUCCUUCUAGGCCCCGACGAGUCUGGGAGCUUCAGCCCCGUCACCGUGCACACCAUACACAGGAACCGUACCUCCUGCAGAGUGGUACGGGCCGGGCAGGCCGCCACGCUGGCUAUUGGCGAAGGGGACAAGUACAUACUACGAAAGGGCAUGGUGCUGGUCUCCAAGGAUCUCAACCCCUCCGCCUGCUAUGAGUUUGAAGCCUCCAUCUUUGUCUUCUUCCACGUCACCUCCAUUGGCCAGGGGUUCCAGGCCACUCUUCAUAUAGGCAACGUUUGCCAGACCGCCGUCAUCAAAACAAUGGAUACGGAACGUAUAAAGACAAACGGGCAGGCCUCAGUCCGGUUCCGGUUCAUCAAACAGCCAGAGUUCAUACGGGAAGGUGCCAGACUCCUCUUCAGAGAAGGAACAACCAAAGGCAUGGGUCAUGUGACUAAGGUAUAUCCGCACACGCAGGUGGAACGAUAACCAUGGCUACGGUCUCCUAGGUUACAAAAACAUUAUACAUUAAUUUUUUUUGUACGUAACCUAUAUCUGUUUGUUUUUAUGUUUGAAAUCGUAAUAACACAUAAUUCAUAACUUGCAGUUUAAAAGAGAAAUUCAGAAUACCCGUUGGUGUUUCAAAAUAUUUAUACAUUGUACAGUGGUAAAUGUACCAGACAAACAUAUUUUAAGGUUGAUCUUUUUAGUGUGCAAAUUAUAACGUGACAUUUUGAUUAAGAGAAAGAUUCCAAAGAUUUCAACAGUUGUGUGAAUUUAUUUGGUUUUCUUAAAUGGCAGGUUUUUCAAGGGUGUUGGAGAAACUUGUCCUUGAUAAUUUGAGCAAUGUAAAUUAGAUACUUCUGUCACCCACUGGUAACUGAUUGAAGCUUAAGAAUAUCAUGUAUGACUGUACAUGUAUGGCUUACGAUAGACAGACACACAAAGGGAGAAUUAAAGAUCCUUUCAGUCCUUGAGCGUUGGGUCUUUUGUUGAAAGCCGUCCUCGAUUGUACGGUUGUGUGCUUAGUCUAUGGGAGAUUGCUAUAUUACAGGGACAAAGGGAAACACAAAGCAUUGUCCUCAGGCGUAUAGAAAUUCACGACUGUGUGUCGGGACUUGCGUUUAUUGAUUGACCAUAUCUUUAUUCCUGGCACAGGCUUGUUACUAGUUUAUUUUAAUUUGGUUUAAUACAGAGAGAUGUCACUCUGUGGUGCACCUAACAUACCAGACAAGCAAUUUUUUGGGGGGUUCGAACGGCAUUUUUAUUGCUUCGUUCACCAUUAAACUGGCAAGAAAGUGCACUGAUAACGGGCAGUUAGUUAGUUUAAGUAAUUCUGUAGUCAAUUUCCCCAAAAGGGGAAAACAUGAAGAAAAAUCGAGUUAGGUUUAGAGAAAGGCUUAACAUUUUUAAAGUGUUCAACUUUUGAAGGGCCCUACCUUUCUUGCCGUGUAUACUUUGGAUUACCCCCAAACACUGCAAUACUUGAAAUGAUUUCCAAUUUAUUCAAAGUUUGGGGAUUGGUUUUUUUAAUGUGAAAGACUCGAUAUACAUUUUGUGUUUAUUUUAGGCAGCUUUUAGGAUUGACACUAUUGCUUGAUGUGUUUUUGGUUACAACUGACUACAUGUGUAUAUGUGGAAAUCCUCCAUUUUUAACCAGUUCGCGCCGGGAUUAUUUUGACAAGAACAGAACGAGGCACGGGAUUUAAUUAUCUUCCACUUGACCUCAAGCCCAGGGGGUUGAAGCCAUCAAACUCGGGCAGCACACUCAUAUUUCGGCCUCGCUCGCUGCGAGCGGAUCGCUGACAGAUAUAUCUGGCCCCGCUCUCUGCGUGUUUAUCUGUCAUCCGUACACAAACCUUUGCGUGUAUACACAUCAUUCGGCGCAAACUGGUUAAAGCCUGCCGCACACCUUUCCGAUGUUACUGGAUCAUCUGGCCAUUAGAUGAACAGAUCGGAAAAGGUGUACACUGAAAAAAAUCGGACCGAUCUGACCGCACACCGGGCGAUCAGAUUCAAAUCAAACAUGUUUGAUUUUUUUGCAUUCUACCGUGUGAGGGCAGCAUUCCGAUUUCACCAAACGCAACAUUUAUGUUAACCAAUCAGAUUCACAAAGGAAGUCACGUGAUUCAAAAUUGAGGCUGCCAUUUUGUCAUCACGUGACUGAUCAUGAUAGAACGGAAUCGGGCAUGUGUGUGGGUUUAACAUUGCGAUUUCCGCAACGGUGAAAACAGAAAAUGAUCGGUGAAUUGGUAACAUUGGAAUUGUGUGCGGCGGGCUUUAGGUAAUACGGCCAGCUGAUAUUGUUUCCCAGUUUUGCUCGAAUCAACAAAGUGAUGAGUUCUAGCCAAUUCUUUCAAGCAGUAUGCAAUUUAAAUUUAAAACACUUUCUCAAACUCUAACAUCUAUACUGCCCCUCUACAUAGUACCAUUUUUAAUAUGUCAUUUUGUCAAAAUGAAUAUAUUAUUUAAUACUUGUAUAGCUAUGCAUUAAACACAAGAUUAGGAGAGUCUGUAGGGUUUUAUGCGAUAUAGAUGGGCGUAUUUGUGUGGUGUACUACUGUAGAUAUUGUACAUAUUGUAAUUUUAACGUGUAAAAUGAUGUCGGUUGUCCUGCUGAUGCUAAUAACAUGUACAUUGUUUCAGAUUUUAAAACUGAGAUUAACACUUAGGAUUUCCCGACAGAAAUAUAUAUUUUUUGAAGAUCAAAAUUUGAUUUUAACAGUGUGUGGUGCAUUGGGUAGUUUAAUUUAUAAAUUUGAGAGUGAAUAAUUAUGUGGUUUGGAUUUUAAAGCACAUUGACCAGUUGUACAUGUAUUCUGAAUGAGGGCUUGAAUUUGUGCAGAUCUUGUGUGGUUAUAUUUGAAGGACACCGAUCAUAAAUGGUUCAGUA